AUGACAGAGAAGAGAAACCCAGCAGCAGAAAAUGCUAUGAUGGAGAUAGAGAGCAGCAAGCCCUCAGGAAAUGGUAUUGUGCCUGGGCUUAGUCCUCUGAGUGAGACUCUAUGGAGGGAGAAGGCCAGUGUGGAAUUUGUAGGGGAUGUCUCGGCGAGGUUGACGUGGAAAGAUCUGACGGUGAUGGUGACUCUGAGCAAUGGUGAGACUCAGACGGUUUUGGAGGGUUUAACUGGUUAUGCAGAGCCUGGAACCUUCACUGCUCUGAUGGGGCCUUCUGGUUCCGGCAAAUCUACCUUGCUUGAUGCUCUCUCUAGCCGUUUGGCUUCCAAUGCCUUCCUUUCUGGCUCUGUUUUGCUCAAUGGCCGCAAAAGAAAGCUCUCCUUUGGCACAGCUGCAUAUGUGACCCAAGAUGACAAUUUGAUUGGGACUCUGACUGUAAGAGAAACGAUAUCUUACUCAGCUAGUUUGAGGCUGCCGGAUAAGAUGGAGCGGUCGGAGAAGCGAGCACUGGUGGAGAGGACAAUCAUAGAGAUGGGUCUGCAGGAUUGCGCCGACACAGUAAUUGGGAAUUGGCAUUUGCGUGGGAUCAGUGGGGGAGAGAAGAGAAGGGUUAGCAUUGCUGUUGAGAUCUUGAUGAGGCCUAGAUUGCUCUUUCUGGAUGAACCAACCAGUGGACUUGAUAGUGCUUCAGCAUUUUUCGUAACACAGACACUGCGUGCCCUAGCACGAGAUGGAAGGACUGUGAUAGCCUCAAUUCACCAGCCAAGCAGUGAAGUCUUCGAACUAUUUGAUCAGCUGUACCUGCUUUCUGGUGGUAAAACAGUUUACUUUGGUCAGGCCUCCGAGGCAUAUGAGUUCUUUUCACAAGCUGGUUUUCCAUGCCCUGCUUUGAGGAACCCGUCUGAUCAUUUUCUCAGAUGUGUAAACUCUGACUUUGAUAAAGUAAAGGCGACACUGAAAGGCUCCAUGAAACUCAGGUUUGAGGAAAGUGAUGAUCCUCUAGAUAAGAUUACAACUGCUCAAGCUAUCAGAGUCCUUGUCGAUUCAUAUCGUAGUUCACAAUACGCUUAUACAGCUACAGAAAAAGUUGCAGAGAUAUCCAAAGUUAAAGGGACUGUUUUAGACUCUGGAGGAAGUCAGGCUAGUUUUCUAAUGCAGACCUUCACAUUGACAAAGCGUUCAUUAGUCAACAUGUCCAGGGACUUUGGCUAUUACUGGCUGAGGCUUGUCAUCUACAUUGUUGUUGUAGUUUGUAUUGGAACCAUCUAUCUGAAUAUCGGAACCGGCUACGCUUCGAUUCUGGCAAGGGGUUCAUGUGCAUCUUUUGUAUUUGGUUUUGUCACUUUCAUGUCAAUUGGCGGGUUUCCUUCAUUUGUAGAGGAUAUGAAGGUUUUCCAAAGAGAGAGGCUGAAUGGUCACUAUGGUGUCACUGCCUUUGUCCUCAGCAACACAUUCUCUGCAAUGCCAUUUUUGAUACUGAUUACCUUUCUUGCCGGAACUGUCUGUUACUUCAUGGUCGGUCUCCAUCCUGGCUUUGAGCAUUACUUGUUCUUUGUGCUGUGCCUCUAUGCAUGUGUCACUGUAGUCGAGAGCUUGAUGAUGGCCAUAGCCAGCGUUGUUCCUAACUUCCUCAUGGGUAUCAUCAUAGGGGCUGGAAUUCAGGGCAUAUUCAUGCUAGUCUCUGGCUACUUCAGGCUACCAAAUGACAUCCCUAAGCCGGUCUGGCGUUACCCGAUGUCAUACAUCAGCUUCCACUUCUGGGCUCUACAGGGUCAAUAUCAGAAUGACUUGGCUGGGUUACUCUUUGACAAUGAGACACCAGAUCAAUUUAAGAUACCGGGCGACUACAUCUUAACAACUGUGUUCCAGAUUGACACCAGCAGAUCAAAAUGGAUAGACCUUAGUGUUAUAUUCAGCAUGAUUGUCGUCUACAGGCUCAUCUUUUUCAUCAUGAUCAAGUUCAGUGAGGAUGUCUCACCUUGGAUUCGAGGCUAUAUGGCGAGGAGAAGGCUGCAACAAAAGAAUGGCAUCCAACAGACUACAGUUGCCCCUAAUGGUCUCACACAGUCCCCUUCUUUGAGGAACUAUGAAACUGGGAAAAGGUUGACAAGGUAG